CUCACCACCGGACAUCAUCAACCCUCACAUACCGACAAAAUGGUCAAGAAGCGAGCGUCCAACGGACGUAACAAGAAGGGCCGCGGCCACGUCAAGCCAAUCCGAUGCUCCAACUGCUCACGAUGCACACCCAAGGACAAGGCCAUCAAAAGAUUUACCAUCCGAAACAUGGUCGAGUCUGCUGCGAUCCGUGAUAUUUCGGAUGCCUCAGUCUUCGCCGAUUACGCUGUUCCAAAGAUGUAUCUCAAGCUCCAAUACUGCGUCUCCUGCGCCAUCCACGGCAAGAUCGUACGUGUCCGAUCGAGAGAAGGUCGCCGCAACCGUGCCCCUCCCCCAAGAGUUCGAUACAACAAGGACGGCAAGAAGGUCAACCCUCAACAACAGCCCGCUAAGGCCCUCCAGGCAUAAAUCCGCUUCUUCAAUGACAGGACCGGGUGCUCAAGACGGUUGCAAAUGCUAUGUGGAUUGAGGAUGCCCGCGACAUAGAAUAACGGAAAAUGAGUGCAAAAAUCAUUGCGGCGCAGGGGAGAUGGUGAAUGUUGCAAUGCAACCCGGCCACCUUGGGCGAAGACGAUGAUUUUAGUAGCAUGCAGCUCAAAAGUAGCCGCGCUACUAGCAAUAAAAUCAACAUGAAAUCCAAUCAUCUAUGUUGGGAGGCAUUAUUUUCAUCCAUUGUGAUCCAUGAUUUGCUGAGCUCGAACUUUGCUAUAGAUAUGUUGAUUGAGCCCAGCUUUCAGACCAGUCUCACGUGGCAUUUUGAAUGAGCCAGCACAUCAAUCAACCACUUUUCUUUGAAUGCUUUGAAUGCUUCGGCUGCUGCACGACAUGUGGAAGCCUUAAAUUUUCUGAGAGGCAUGCAUAUGUUGUGUGAAAAUGAUCCAAGCGAC